CAACAUUAAAAAGAGUUGUCGCAAAGACAAUGUGAAUACGUAGAAAACAUUCCAUCAGUAACUUUGAAGUGAGCGAUAAUAUCGCAACGUGUACAAUAUGAAUACGGAGCAGAAAUCCUUUCGCUAUAUUAUUUCAAGUGACAAAAUCCCGAUUCCUAAGGAUACUGUUUGUUAACGGGCAUUUUUCUUACAAGUUGAUUUCAAUUGCAAAAAGAAAACUCAAUCAAUACGAUUCCGAUCUGGCGUCUAAAUGGCAUUGUUAAAAAGUGUAAAAAACGGGCGCAAUUAUUUUAAAAGAUUGACUUAAAGUGGCCUAACGGAAAAUGGGGGAUGCAUCUAUAAUCGAUCCUAAGGAGGACGAACACCCGAAACCAGGAUUUUUAUGUAAACAAUUUUGGCGAAAUCAUUGGCAAGGUGUAAUGUCUAUUGUAAUACCGAUCGCUUGCUUACCGAUUAUGCUGCUGAUAGAAGGAGCCGAGUUUCGUUGCUUGUAUCUAAUUGCGACUUGUUGCUUCCUUUGGAUUACUGAAUGUAUUCCAUUAUAUGUGACAUCUUUAAUGCCGAUUUUCGCUUUACCCAUUCUUGGCGUUAUGGACUCGGAGAAAACUUGCAUGCAGUACUUUAAAGACACCUUAGUUAUGUUCGUGGGUGGACUUAUUAUUGCCCUGUCCGUUGAGUAUUGCAAUCUGCAUAAACGCUUAGCUCUAAGGACUAUUCUAAUUGUCGGCUGUAGUCCACGUCGUUUGUAUUUAGGUGUCGUUAUGAUAACAACAUUCAUAUCAAUGUGGAUUUCGAAUUCAGCUACCACUGCCAUGAUGUGCCCUAUUAUAAAAGCUAUCUUGGAAGAACUGCAAGCGAACAAUGUGAUUGAUAUCUAUAUGGAUGAAUCUAAGGAACCGGCUAUAGAUGGGAAAAAGAGCCCCUCAAGGGCUGCUAUGGCCUUUUACAUAGGAGCUGCAUAUUCUGCGACUAUUGGUGGUUGUGGCACUCUAAUCGGCACUGGUACCAAUAUGGUGUUUAAAGGCAUAUAUGAGGGUCGUUUCCCAACUGCCGAAGAAAAAAUCGAUUUCCCUCGAUUUAUGAUAUGGUCGAUACCUAUGGUCAUUGUUCAAGCCGCACUAUUGUUCUUUUGCUUUAACGUAACACAUUUGGGUUUGUUUCGCCCGAAAAGUGCUAUAGGACAGCAAGUUAACGCUGGAGCUGGAGUUGCACCUGCGGUUAAAGCAAUUGUCUCCGCCAAGUAUGCCGAGCUUGGUCCGAUGUCGCCACAUGAAUGGCAAGUGGCUUUCUGGUUUGCAGUAAUGAUUGCACUGCUGUUUUGCCGUUCGCCUGGAAUAUUUACCGGUUGGGGUGAUUUACUUAAUCGCGUAAGUAUUAAGACUUCGCCUUGCGUCAUGCUUCCCGUAUUGGCUUUAUUUACUAUUCCGGCUUUCUGGACCUGCUUUAAGCAUUUUAAAAAGAAAGGUCCUUAUCCGUCGGAAUCUAUAAAAUCCUUAUUAAGUUGGGAUUUUGCACAUAAGACUGUCCCCUGGGGACUAGUCUUUCUAUUGGGUGGCGGUUUUGCUUUAUCAACGGCGGCUCAAGAAAGUGGCAUGUCCAAAAUGAUGGGACAAGCUUUAAACUUCUUAGUGACAUGGCCCCGUGUUGGCAUACAAUUCGGUGCUUGUGUUCUUGCUGUAUUUAUGACUAAUUUCAGCGCUAAUGUACCAAUUUGUAAUAUUCUUAUACCGGUGUUGAAUGAAGUGGCCUUAGUCGUUAAGGUGCAUCCGAUAUUUCUUGUAUUUCCCGCUGGCAUAGCUUGUAGUUAUGCUUUUCAUUUACCUGUCGGCACACCGCCUAAUGCUAUAGUUAGUGGUUAUGCCAACAUACGCAUUAAAUAUAUGGCGGAAGCUGGUAUAUUGCCUACCAUAUUUUGCAUUGUAACGGUGGUGCUUAACAGCAAUACUAUGCACCGGCUUGUUUAUCCAGCAGUAGACCUUCCAGAGGAUAUGAUCUAAUUGGCACAUGCGAUAAUCAAAAAAUCUUCGCUAGGGUGGGUUUCUCCUUUUUUUGUUUUUUUUGUUCUAAUCAUUGCCUUUGCAAUGAGAAAUGUUGCGAUCGAUGUAAGUGAUGACUUAUUUUUAGUUCGUGACAUUUUCAAAUUUAAAUAUGUGAAAUGCAUUUUUCACCUAAUAAACUAUUUAUAUUUAUUCGAAAUAUUGUAUUAAUUUUAAGAAAGUUUAAACCGACUAUUUCGUUACUUAAAAUUCAUUUGAAUUACAUAUUGGCAGUCGCUUCACACAGAAUACGGACGAUUCGGUACUUUGACGUUUUGUCUCAUUCACUUUCAUAUUGCAUUUAUUCUGCUUAUACUCACACGGCCCAAGAGCAGAUUGGGUCUCUGCAUUCGUUGGACUUUGCAUUUAUUUUAUGAAUACGAUAUAUGACAAACUCGAGCCAAUCGGAUGGAAAUAUUCUUAACUGUAGAGUGUCUAGCAACCAUGCGCUGGAUUACAAGAAACCCUGCACACUGAUGGACUUGCUCUCUCAAUUGAAAUGGGUCCGUAUGUUGUACGAUGUUGAUCACGCUUCCAACCUAUGCACCAAGCUUAGUUGAUCUUCGAUUUCGUUUUCUAAUAGCCAUCUUAUAUAAUUGAUUUACUAAUAAUUUUCAUGAUAAAGUAAAAAUAUACUAUUCUUCCCGUUUCCCCACCCGU